UCUACAGAGAGUGGCAGACGCCAUGAGUCUCCUUUCGUCACGAUCGCCAUGAGAUCGUGAUUGAAUCCUCAGACACGGAUCGCCAUGAGAUCAUGAUCUGAGAUUCACUUUAGCAGCUUUUCAUUUAUCCUUUUCAUCUUGUAAACGUUGGUUUGGGUUUCAGUAAGAUCGAGAUUUUCUUUACAUAUUCGAGAUUGAUUGUGUUGAUAAGGGAGUUCCGAGUUACAAACUUAUCCAAUUGGUGCGCUAGUGACGUGAUCGAAUCUAAUGUUAUGAGCUUCGUCGAGAUUCCUGUUUUCGAAGGUUUUUCAUUACAUCAAUGGAUCGAUUGGAUGGAGAAGAAGUUUGCACGGAUUAGGAUUCCAGACUCGUGGAAGCUGAACCUGGCGAAAUCCUUGAUUGAAGGAGAAGCGAAAAUGUAUCUUAACCAAACGUGGUUAGAUCUCGGGAGCUGGGAUUCAUUGAAGGCGGCGCUGCUGUUUUGGUUUGGGGAUGAAGAUCAUCCGGCGAGACUCGUGCUGCUAGAGAAGACUUGUGAUUAUGACAAACGUUUCGAUCUCAUUGAUCGUCGUUUUGAUCAGAUUACUCCGUUUCUUACGGGCAUGGAAACAAAUCAGCGAUCGUCAAAGGCGAAAGGUACAGCUAUGGUUGGUGAUGAUCCAGAGAAAUUCGUGCUGAGCCAGAAGUAUAGACAACGCUUUGAGCAUUAUUGUAAGAUCAAAGCUCAAACAGAUGCUACAGAAGAGUUUUUGAAGGCGAAGAGAGCGUUUCUGUCUCCAGGUUCGAUUCACAGGGUAGCAUCUACUGAUGCAGAGGAUUUGAUUCAGGAGGCAGUGUCAGUGUGUGCCAAUGAAUCCAUAGAUCCAACAUCAAUCCACGAUUUGGACAGUGAAGCAAAAAUAUCAAGUGUUACAGAUUCAAUAGUGGCCGAAGAAUCUAGUAAGGAGGAAAAAUUAAAUGAAGACUUGAAGAAUCUGGUGACGACUUCAUCGUUUUCAUGCACUGAGGCAUUCAUGAGAGCUGAUCAUAUCGACCAACCUCAGGUAUCACUUUCGAAUCUGAAACCUGACCAUAGAGAGAAAAUAUUAGAGGAGUUUGGGGAACCUGUGGUGAUUAAGGUCCAGCAACAAGUUGUUUACGAAGUUAUGACACCAAUCGUUGAUGAGUUCCAAUCAGAAAUGGCUGUGAAUGUUGCUCAGUCUACAUGUUUGAAGACCAGACAAUGUGCACGCCAAGUGAUCGAUGUUUUGCCUACCAAAACAGAAACAAUGCACAUGAAGAUGGAGAAGGAGAAGGACAAGCUGUCCAAGUCUUGGAAAUUUAAAUUCAAAUAUGGGGAUGUGAUUGAAAGAAAAACGAUUUCGACGGAAGACUUGAUUCAGGAAGAGAAUCCACAAGAAGAAAGUGAUUCCCAUAUGGUAAAUGAAGCUGAUCGAAAGGCAGGAGUAAUGUCUCAGAAAGUCUCCUUUCCUGCGCUUGAACAACAGUCUUGUUUACGAAGAGGAAUAACAGCCACUUGUGUGGAAAAGGCCGGUUUGUUUCUAAAGGAAGUUAAAAAUUGUUCGCCAUUAGAUGGUACUCUGAAUGAUGAAUUUAAUUCACGCAAGGGAUUUGUUGCAGAGACAGAGGUGGUGCAGGAGCCGUAUUCACCAUGUAUGGAAGAAACCGAGGAGAAAUCUAUCUCAAAAACUUCAGAAAUGCCUCACAACUGGACUGUGGUUUUGAAACCUGCAAAUGUGGAUGCAAGUUUUGAGGAAUCUGAUGAUAGAAUAUCUUUUAUACUGCAACCAAGCUCUUUUACCAAUCUGGUGUCAACUGCAGCGAGCAAUCAGAUGUUAUUUGGGUUUAUGACUGUUACGACAGAUGCAGAAAAUGUCAAGCAAUCUCAAGGGUGGACUGGUCUGUUGCAGGCGGCUUACUGUGUUCAGCAAGGAGUUAUUCACCCCAGAAGAUGGAAAAGUGAGCAUCAACAGAGAAAGUUCUAUAAAACUUGGAAGUUUAAGUACAAAUCAAGAAUUCUGCAGGAGAUUAGUCUACAAGAAGAGGCAUCACCGAGAUUACUCGCAUUCAAGGAGAUUGGCAGAAUUCAAAAAAAUUGGCAUCCUACUGAACAUGAAUCUGCAGACAAAUUGCAUACAACACCAGGAGUGUCAAUGUUUGCUAUUAAUGCAGCAGCUCGAGCUUUUCAAAACAGAGACUGUGUGGCGUUAUGGAUUACGAAGGCUACUAGAGUGCUUUCUGCACAGGGUCAAAGGUGGAGUGCUGCUCCUUUGGUAACUUUGCAACGUGAGAAAAGUGGAGGUUCCAAGAGAGAGCGACUCAAGUUCACCCAACAGAGAAACUACAAGUUACGUGUUGAUAGAACACCAUCACAACACAGGAUCCUUGGUUGUGGGAAUGUUGGAACUGAGUAUAAUUUCUUGACUAACAGAACGCCUGCCAUUUCUUCGUCUCUUUGGAAAAUCAGUUUUUAUGGGUGGCAUUGUUGGAAAAAGAAAACAUUGGAGAAGGCUGGCAAGAAGCAGUGGUGGUUACCAUUUGUUAUUGACCAAUUUAAACAAGGACUUACAACCUGGUUAGGUUUUCCUUUGGUACGAGGGCAUUGGUUAAUACAACAUGGUCUGUUGUGUUUUUGGGAAAAUUCAAGAAUGGGUGUUCUUCAGUCUAAAGAGGUAACAAGACUUGAAAUGGAGGAUGCAGGGAACACAAGGCUUGACAAAGACAAGAUACAGCUGCAGGCAACUAAAAUUCUAUUACAAAGACAAGUAUAUGUGGAUCAUGCGGCUGUGUCAACAAGAAAGAGCAGACCCUUUUCUGUUUGGCAUCGCUGGAGGAGCAAGGACUGCAUCCAUGGUGGUUCUGAAACCGUGGACCUGCAGUAUCACGUUAGAAGCUCUCCAACUGGAGUUGCUGGGUGCUCUUCUUCAUUUUCGAACAUGACAAAAGUGCUGCCACGACCGUUUUCAUUUUUUCAGCUUGAGGACAAGCUGCAUCUGAAAGGGCGGGGUAUUGAUAGGUUCCAUAUGUUAGCCUUCCAGAAGAAGAACAAAGAAAAUGAGGUGGAAGGCAACUUGGGCGAGAAGGAACGCAUGUUAAAAGAGUUGAUUUGUCAAAGGAUGACAAAGACUCUGCGGGAAAGAGAGGCUUUGCUCAAGACUUCAUGACUGUCAUAUAAAUAAGACCGAUGUUUCAUUUUCUAGUUCAUGUUGAAUAUUGUAGAGAGUGCAGACGCCAUGAGUCUCCUUUCGUCACGAUAGCCAUGAGAUCGUAAUUGAAUCCUCAGACACGGAUCGCCAUGAGAUCAUGAUCUGUGAUUCACUUUAUCAGCUUUUCGUUUAUCCAUUUAAUCUUGUAAACGUUGGUUUGGGUUUCAGUAAGAUCGAGAGUUUCUUUACAUAUUCAAGAUUGAUUGUGUUGAUAAGGGAGUUCCGAGUUACAAACUUAUCAGACAAUUCGAAGGUGAGAGAUGUAGCAGGAAAGCACAUAUGAGAUGGAAAUACAGUUGGUUCC